CGCCAAUUGAAGACAUUAGGAUAUCACGCUUCAAUGCUCUUCGCCAUACGCAAGACUCAGCAAGCAGCCAGGCUUGUGCUCCUGAUGAAGAUGAGAGACUGGGUGCUGGUGUCCGAGAAGAAAGGACACCAGAAAGGCCCCAUGAUGGCCGGGGCCGAGUCAGGUCCAACUAUUCGAGUUGCUGUCACAAAACAACAGGCCGGGAUAUGUAACGACGCACUUGUCCUUCGAAGUCCCCAACCCCAGAAUCCUCCAACCCCUGAUGUUGUGUUACAGAGUGCCACUGCUUCUGCCACGUCCGUGACGACGAAUGGAUGGUUUACAAGGACCACUCAAUGGGCUGAAGUAUCAUACCUCUACUUCAGGAUAGCAUUUGGCAAGCAAGACAGAGAGAAGAAAGAGCGGGAGAACCAAGGACGCCCGGUCUUUUGUCGAAAACGGGCUAGAAGGCCACAGCGAGUGUCUGUGAGCAGGGCAGAAGACCUUCUUGGUGAGAUGGAUACAGCUACGAAGCGUGAUACAACCUCAGACGCUGUACCGACUGCGAAGUUUUUGCAAGCACGUAUUACGGCACUCUCGACGACUCUAAUCAAGAGACUGGAGAACAUCUUCGCUGUUGCUUUAGAUGAGACCGGCGCACCAGCAGCCGGUUCUGCUGGAGGCGAUGCUCCUCUCCCACCAUCGUUGACCGAUACAUCAGUUCAGCAAUUCCAACUUGAUGUCGAGUCUACAGCGGUGAUCCGCGCAGCAGAAGAAAUCACGAUGUUGACCCGGACAUUGAAAGAGAUCUGGUUAUUCGGUGGGCUGGAUACGCUCGACAAAGAUCACCAAGAUGCCGACGAUGAAGCCAUGAAGAAGAGGAUGGAAGAAGACAUCAAGGUCGUAGAAGAAGGCUUCAAAAGAUUCCUCGAAAGGUAUGAGACAGCUAUUGACCUUGACAGCAAAGCUGCUGAGGCAUGAUCUGCUAUUCUACCUAGACAAUGUGAUGUGGAAGGUGCAUUGAGCUGAACGCGAAUCUUUUUGAUAUCCCAUGAAUAAACAGCCAAUCGUGAGCCUCGCUCGAUUGCUUCUCCUGG